GACGAAUAGAUUCUUCUAUUAACAGGACAAACUAAAAUGCUAAUAUUAGUUCCUAAACGUUUAAUAAACGCAAAUCAUGGUUAGCCUCGCCAUCACUAAAAAUCUGAUAAUACGUGCAAUUGUAAAACCCAAGAACCGAACAAACAUAGCCAAUAACUCGAAAUCGAAUGACCAAAGGAUUUGCUUUUAAAUAAUGAAGUUACUUAGUUUAUGCAUCAGAGAGAUUCCCAUUUAGACGUUAGUCAUCAUUCUAAAUUCUCCUAAUUGGAGAAUUUCUGAUGUCCCUGUCUUUUCAUCGUCACUUGCAAUUACUAAUUAAAAGGGAUAUAAAGAACAUAAAUUAAGAAAGGAGCACAACUUCAUAUGAAUUCAAAUAACUAAACAUAUGGAAUCACCUUGAGAUUGAGUGAAAAGAAGAGAGUACAAAAUUAUAUCAAAAUUGAAUUUUAUUGGGGGUAUAAUGCAUCAGAGAGAUUCCCAUUUAGACAAUAAUCAUCAUUCUCAUCUCCUAUCAAAGGAGAUUCUGAUGUCCCUGUCUUUUCAUCGUCACUUGCACUAAAUAAUUACAAACUCCUUAGGUAAGAAAACCAUAAGGAGUUUCUGAUCUUUUCAUCAUUCUCAGGCGGUGGCUUUCUGAUCUCCUCUUCGUCCUUUGCCUUCCUCUCCCUUCGGUUUUGCUGGUGGUGGUUAUCAAGUUCUUCAUUGGUGCGUGGUCUCCGUCUAUCUCCGGCAGUCCUCGCUUGUUCAGGUAAAGAAAAGAACCUGCUCUAGUUCUUAGAGCUAGGAGUACGUGUGGAGCUUGGUUAGCUUCGUGGGUCUUCGAUGCUCUCUUGUUCCACAGAGAUGGCGUGCUUAGGUGUUUCUCCAUCCCAGUGACAUGGCGGUCAGUUGAUUGCUCUGUCAGGUGAUCUCCUUUUCUUUUCAGUACAUGUUCUCUUCCACCUUUGUCAUGACUGCCUUCUUUGCAACCCGGUUUUUUGUGCUUAGUUGCCAGUAGUUGUAUAAGUGUGGGUGAGAGUGAGGUAGCUUUGGCUCCUCUCUGGAUUAACAACAAUCCGAAAGGUGAACAGAAUGUAAGGCCCGGAGUUGCUCUCGCGACUUGUCUGUGUUGUCUGACCAUUCUCUAGCUGAAUAGGUGUUGUCGUACCAUUUUACUUGAAUCCCUCUUGUCCUCUGCUGUUUAUCCCCAUUUUGGGUUGAUUAUAUUCGGAUUUGGUAUUUCUUUUUGCUUUACUUUCAAGUUGUACCUCUUUUUCUGUUUCUCUUCUAUGUUUAUCUCUGUAAAACUUCUGUUCCAGUGUUUUUUAAUACGAAAGCCAGUUAAAAAAAAAAAAAAAAAAACCAUAAAUAAGAUGCUAAAACAUUAACAACACACAGAACCUAAAAAACUAUUCUAUCUAAGAGUAGGAGCUAUAUAUCAUCAAAAAUAAGAGAAAAAAAAUGCCAGACUGGAUUUAUUUUUCCUAGAGAUUAAUCUCUCAAAGUAUAUUUUACACCAUCACAGGCAUCAAAAACAAGCAAAGACAAAAAAAAAGAAAAACACAUCAAACGACAACAAGACUAACAAAGCUCUAGAAACCCGAACCUCAAAACUACUACAUUGUCAAACACAAGGGUUCUGGAGAAGUGUUAUAUAGAGGAAUUGACUAACAGAGGCGAUGUUAAUUAGGGCGAAAGACAAGUCAAAGGUUUAAAUGGGCUUACUAACUUAGGCCCAGCUAGGGAAAAUCCCGGUUUGAUUGGUCGGUUAAAAAUGGGGGUUCUAAACCAAAUUGAUUUAAAGCAAAACCGGUUCUCUCUGUACAGAACAGAGAGCACACAAACCGUUGGUCGACGUCUUAAGUCUCUCCCACGGUCCCACCGAAUUCGAAGGUUGUCCCUUCGCUGCUUCUACGAGCUUUCCCUCCUCCCUAUGUUCCACCGUUAAUCUUUCCCUUCUUUUCUUCUUCUUGAUCUUUCUCGGACAAUCCUUUCCUUCCUUCAUCCAUGAUCUUUCUCUUCUUUGUAACUUUGGCCUCCUCUGUGCUCACUCUCAUGAGUUUCUUCUCUGUUUCCACGCAAAGAACCCCAUAUUACUCUGUUUCUGCUGCAAAGAACCCCCUUUUUAAAACCUUUCAUUAGAGUGAAAUCUUGUCCUCUAUAGAGAGAGAGAGAGACUCUGUGUCCGAAUAUAAACAUUUUGGUUUGAAGCUUUGAGACACUCAGAGAGAAAGUAUAAUCCCUUGCAAGAAGUAAAACUUUUUUUUUCCCAAGAAGUAAAACUUCAUCUGGUCAUUGAAGAUAUGGGUAGGGUUAAGCUGGAGAUUAAACGGCUUGAGAGCACAGGCAACAGGCAAGUUACAUACUCGAAGAGAAAAUGUGGGAUACUGAAGAAAGCCAAAGAGCUAUCCAUUUUGUGUGAUAUUGAUAUUCUCCUUCUCAUGUUUUCUCCUACCGGCAAGCCUACCAUGCUCCAUGGACAACACAGUUGCAUUGAAGAGGUUAUAUCUAAGUUUGCUCAAUUAACUCCACAAGAAAGGACAAAAAGGAAGCUGGAGAGCCUUGAAGCAUUGAAGAAGACCUUUAAGAAUCUUGAUCAUGAUAUAAACAUACCUGAGUUUUUAGGAGCAAGGAAUCAAACUAUUGAGAGUCUAAGUAACCAAGUAGCCAUUUUCCAAGCUCAGCUUAUGGAGUGUCAUAGGAGGCUAAGUUGUUGGACGAACAUUGAUAGAAUAGAAAACACUGAGCACCUCACUUUAUUGGAAGAAUCAUUGAGGAAAUCUAUUGAAAGAAUCCAGUUUCACAAGGAACAUCACGGAAAGAACCAGCUUUUGCCAAUCGAAUGUACAACAACACAGUUUCACAGCGGGAUAUUGCCUUUGGCGAUGGGAGAUAAUAAUUGUAUGCAAGAAGCUCACUCCAUGUCUUGGCUUCCUGAUAAAGAUAACCAGCAAACAAUAUUACCUGGUGAUUCCAGCUUUAUUCCUCAUAGAGAGAUGGAUGGUUCGAUUCCGGCUUACACAAACUGCUUCUUUGAGUCUGUAAAACAAGAAGAUCAGAAAUGCAUCAACCCUGGACAACAGUUUGAGCUGUUAGGACAACAAGGAAAUGGUUUCUUGGGUUUACAACAAAUUGGGGAGGAAUAUUCGUAUCCUACACCAUUUGGUACUAAUCUUGGAAUGGAAGAAGAUCAAGAGAAUGAGAUAAAAACUGAAAUGGAAUUUAAAAACUUGCAACAACAACAAGAUCCUUCAUCAAUGUUUGAUCCAACAGCUAGUAGUAGUAGUUGCUUUCAAAUCCCUCUUGAUCAACCCAUGUUUGCCACUGAUCUUCAUCAUCAUCAUCAAAAUUGGGUUUCAGGUUCAAUGUUUGGUCAAACUUCUUACAACCAGGUUUGUGUUUCACACCUUACAUUGGAAAUAUCUAUGGCUAUAUGAUCCACCAAAAGUAAUGUCUCUUUAUCUUUGGUGAUUGCAGCAACCAAACUAACUCAAGAGAGCGCUCAUGUAUGUAAUCUAUUCUAGGAUGAUGACUGGACUUAUGUCUGAACAAGGACUAGUUUCAGACUUUCAGUCAUUGCUAUAAUGUCCAUAUGUAUAUAUAUAUAUAUAUAUAUAUAUAGAGAGAGAGUGUGUGUACGUGUAUAAGGUUGUAGUAUGUAUGAGAGCUUGUGAUAUAUAGUUUAUAUGUUGAUGUU